CGUAAACAAACUGGCUUGCGGGCGAGGUUUCAGCUAGACAGCCCUGAGAAAGUCAUCAGACAAGUAACAUCCUUAAACCAUCGCCAAAGGAAUAAGGAUUUCAGAGCAGAAUAUUUGAAGACUACCGCUGUGUGAAGUGUGUUUUAUAUUCCGCCAGAUGGCUUCUCUGGAGGACCAGUAUCAAAAGGCCUUGAGGCUUUACCAGGAGGACAGUGCCAAUGACCCAGAGUCUGAGCCUUACAAAUCCAAAUAUGCUGCCAGGGAGAUAUUUGAGGAGCUGAAAUCUCGUCUAAGUAAACAGUUGGAUGAAGAUGAUGUUGAUGAUGCUGCAGAGGACCAGCUAGUUGAGGAAGGAGUUGAUGGUGUAGGUUUGACAAGGGCACGCAUGGCUGCUGUAGUGUAUCACCUUGGUGUUAUUGCUGUAGAGACUGAAGAGCUGUCAACAGGAGAGGAGCACCUGAAGAGAGCCCUCAUCAUCCUUGGUGAUCAUGAGGGAAUUGCCACAGGUGUGUCCUCAAUGAAAGUUGGGGAUGAGGGAGUGCUUUCAGCAGCACUGUCAGGUGAUGUAGAUUCCCUGCUGUCCAGCUCUUCUAGCGAAACUGUGUCAGUCAGUCCUGCCACCAUAAGUGCUACAAGCGUUGCAUUGGCCAUCAGUUGCCACAACCAGCUAGGCAUUCUCUGGUCUCAUAGGAAUGUGUUUAGCACAGCAAGACGUCAUUUGGAUCGUGCUAACGUAAUUUAUGAAGAAUAUCAGAAGCAGAAUGCAAAUUCACCAAGGACAAUCCACAGCUUGUUCUCUGCAUGUACGGAGGGAGAACCAGAUGAAAACAGUGGUACAGCUGCCUUGGAGAAACUGCAUACCCUUACCUUUUAUUAUCUGGCACAGGUGUUUGGACAUCUUGGUAUGCCAGAGAAGUCAGCUUGGUACUGUCAUUCUACUCUUCAAAGGCAGUUGGCAAGCAAAGACUAUGACCCAGUUGAAUGGGCUAUCAAUGCAGCCACUCUGUCUCAGUUCUAUCAAGGCAAAGAGAAGUUCAGAACGGCAAGACAUCUGCUGGCAUCAGCCUCAAAAGUGUUAUCGAGUCAUGAGGCAGAAUUUGACACCCAGCAAGCAGAGUCAGAGGAAACCGCUUCAAAACAGGAGAGGUACAAACGGCGUUGUGCAGACGUAGCCCGAUGCUGGGGGAGAUACUGCCUCCUGCUGAUGCAAGUAUCAGUUAACCGUGCCAUUCCUGAUGACCCGCAGGAUGAGCCCAGUCAGCAACAGGAACCAGAAGAAGAAUCUCUGGACAGACAGCUAGAAUUUGUGCAACUAGAAGUGAGUGACCUUGAAUCUGAGGUUGUAUCAACACCAGUAAGCACCUUUGAAGAAAUGCGUCCUCUGUUUUUGUGUGGCUUAAGGCAUUUUACAGAGGCUCGGCAGUAUUACAGCCUUGAGGACCAUGCCAGUGACCAUGUUAGCAUCACCCAAGACAUGAGUCAGUUGUAUAAAGCUCUUGCAUUCUUUGAGCCAAGUGAAGACAGAAGAUCCAAGAUGCACAAACGAAGGAUUGAUCUCUUAAAAAUUCUCGUCCAGGAAUUAAAUCCUCAGUAUUAUCUUCAUGUAUGCAGGCAGCUGAACUAUGAAAUUGCAGAGACCUACUCAGCCAUGAUGGACAGUAAACUGGCCCUUUUGGAGCAUGGCUCAGGGACACCAACACCUGCUCAGGCCAAGAAGAUUAAUACCCUUGCAACCUCAAGCAUACAGCACUUCCUCCACUACCUUGAUUCCAUGAAGGAUACUGCGAGUGGAGAACAGCCAGAGAAGUACUCGGAGGAUUCCGUAAGGCCAGCACUGAUUGCUUGGUUCCACUUGGGUCGUUUAUGGUCGAAGCUUGUUUCUCCGUCCCCCCAAAGUCGGCUCCAGAAUAUUGCCCACUCUCUCCAGAAUUACAAGAGGGUAGUGGCAUACUGUGAAAAAAAUCCAGACUGUGAAUCGGUUGUAGCCCAAGAAUUGGCCAUCUGUCGGGAAAUGGUCCAGCUCUUGCCUCUCAAGAUGGAGCAGAUCAGGGCUCAGUGUUGAUAAACUACCUGACUCCUAGGAAACCAAAGAACUUUGAUUUCAUUAAAAAUCUUGCAGAUAUGGUUGUGAUGUGAAAAGUGCAUGAAUGUGGUGAGAGUGUUUCAAGUUGACAUUCCAUACUGGGGAGGUGAUGAAUUUGUAUUAGGAGUUUGUUGUUUCAAAAUUGGUUGUUAAGCAAAAGAGAUGGGAUUUUGUUGGGAUGCAAUGAUAAAGAGUUAGAUUUUACAAAGAUAGCACUUUAUACUUGGUCAAUAUGUUUUAAACUAGAGAUAUAACAAGUGAAAUUUCAAGGUAUAAAGAUAUUGAUGACUAUGUAAUAUAUGGCAAGUUACAACCCAUGAGAAACACUUAGCUAAGGAUAGGAUUUUUUCAGCAUCUUUUACCCUAUAUGGAUGAUUAGUUGCAGAAUAAAUAUAUGAUGUGAAAUAUGUGAUAUAUAAAGCUUGCUGUAAUUCUGUAAUGAUCAAUAUACUGCUUAAGUGUGAUUUAAUGUACUUCAACUCGAGAUUUUGGGCAAAUAUAUCUUGCUGUUUGGAUAAGCAUAACUCAAAUUAUGUUAGCUUAAUAUGUGGUAAUGAGUUUUAGGCAAGAGUUAUCUGUAUUUUGUAGCUAUAAAAUAGAGAAAUUAUAUAUUAUAGCUAUUUUUCAAGAAAUUAUAUGAAAAUUCUAGCAAGCUGCUGUAUAGAGGAGAGGGGAUAAACAAGAGUUUUCACCAUUUACCUAGAAAAGUUAUUUGCGUGAUUUUUUUUUAUAUAUUCUGCCUCUGUUCUGAUAUGUUAUUUUCAGUUACAUAACUUUUUUUUUAAUAUACCAAGUAUAUAUAAUCAUUUGGCUGUUCUUAGAAAUCUAUAAUAUUUGAGGCCAUGAAGGCAUCAUUAGAAUACCGUUGCAUGCAUUAGUCAUUUUUGGAGUUGAUCAAAUAGAAUUACUUUCAAGUAGCUGUGUAAUGUUUGACAUACAGAGAAAAGCUGAUCUUUGAAAGGUACUUCUUGUAUAAAUGAGGAAAAUGAAAUAAACAGCCUCUAUAAAUUA